AAAAGAACUUUUCUCCUUCCUCCCAAAUUUGUUAUACUAUUACUCCUCACAAAUAGCUUAUUCAGUUUUUGCUUCAUAAAAAAAUUCCCCUAAAAUUCUCAAAUGCUGCUAAUCCCAUCUCUAUUCUCACAUGGCUUCUGUUUUCCAUUUUCCCACUUCCCAUAAACUCUUCUCUUUAUCUCUCCCCCCAUCUCUCUCUACACACCACAAUCACCAUUUCUUUAUCAUUUGCAGUUCUAAAUCAGCAAUUUCUGCUUCUAUUAAAAAAACAAGGGCAAGCCGGAAGGUGAAAAGCAAUGAUGAUCUCUGCAAUGACAUCAGAGAAUUUUUAUCUUCUGUUGGACUCCCUGAUGAUCAUGUACCCACCAUGAAAGAGCUUUCACAGCAUGGAAGGCAAGACCUUGCAAACAUUGUUAGAAGAAGAGGAUACAAACUUGUCAAGGAGCUUCUCUUAACUUCCAAACAACCAACCUAUGAGUGCCGUGGAGAGGAUGUCGUUGUUGAAAAAAGUGAAGAUGAAUUGUUAGAUGGGAAGAAAACAGACACGACUCAUGAUGUUUCCUUACCAAGUGAAGCUUCUGCAGUAGAUGACGACACUAAUUAUGCAGACAAUGGUAUAAUUCUGAAUUCUGAUGAGCAAAAUUCUGGUGAUCAAGAACCCUUGGACUAUUCUUCCUUGGAGGAAAAGGUCGCCAAUUUUAUUGAGAAUGGAGAACUGGAGAGUGUAGAGGAUGAUGACUUGGAUAUUUUUCAAAGAAGUGAGCAAGUGGAGCGAUCUGUUGAAGGAAAAAAUGUUGUAGCAACUGACUCUACUACUGCUGAGUUAUUUAGUGGAAAUUCCAUAGCACAAUCAACUCAGCAUGUUGAACAUCCUAGUAGGCCGAGUUCUCCGACGAGGAAAGAUAAACUGUCAACUGAAAACUUAACCGUGAAUGAAGGGAGAAUUCGUCUUGAUACUGAGCCUCAUAAUAUGGAGAUUGAAGCUGAAAUUAAUCAUCUCAAGCUCAUCCUGCAUCAGAAGGAGCUGGAGUUAACUCAAUUGAAGCAGCAGAUUGAAAAGGAAAUGCGCUUGCUGUCUAUGAUGGAAAUCGAAGCUGAAACAAAAAUCAGAGAAGCACAUAGAAUUCUUUCAGAAAAAGAUGCUGAGCUAAAUGCUGCUGAAGAUAGCCUUUCAGGACUGAAGGAGGUUGAAAUUGAAUACCAGGCAGAUGCGGAAAGUGUUGAGGUGGCUGGCAGUUUCAACGGGUGGCAUCAAAAAAUAAAAAUGGAUCUAGAAGAAUCAUCAGAUCCCAUUGGUGAAGAUAAACAAGCAUCAUCAGAUAGCAUAGAUCCCAUUGGUGAAGAUAUACAAGCAUCAUCAGAUAGCAUAGAUCCCAUUGGCAUAAGGAAACCUCGGCUUUGGAAAACCGUGUUAUGGUUGUAUCCAGGGAUAUAUGAGAUAAAAUUCGUUGUUGAUGGCCAUCACUGGACAACUGAUCCUCAAAGGGAGACUCUUACAAGAGGUUCAAUACACAAUAAUGUACUACGAGUUGAUAGAUGACUUGGGUAUUGCAUUCCCACAAGCGCAUACAGAGACAAUUGCCAGCAGCAGGAAGGUUCUGAUUUGAAGUUCAUUCAUGAAAGACUAUGCAGUUCAUGGACCAUGUUGCGUUUAUAUUGUUGCAAAUCAAUGAGCUGAGGAGACAUGCAACUCUUGUAUAGGGGAGAGGCGAUCAGACCGGAUAUGGCAAAGUUGCAGCUCGCCGAGAACAUGACCUUAGAUAGGAGGCUGUGGAGGACACAAAUUAGGAUAGAAGGGUAGUAGGUAGGAGUGUAACGACUUCUUGUCCAUUCUGGUAGUCAUAGUAAAACCAUUGUUUUUCUUAUACGUCGAUUUCUGUUGUCAUCUAUUGUUUUGUGUAGGUAGGAGUGUAACGACUUGUUGUCAAUCUAUAUGUUGUUUCUUUUAUUUCCA